GUAACUGACCAUAAACUAGAGAAAUGCAGCUGGUUAGCAUCAUAUGGAUUGGUCUGUUGACCAUCGUCUUCGCCGAUGGACUGGAUCUCUGCACGAAUCGACAAAUUGGCUAUAAAGCAAUCGACUCAACGAAUCCUAAUUCAUAUUACGUAUGCUUCGGUGUCUUGGGCAAGUUCAAAAGCUCUUGCGAUGAAGGAUUUAAAUUUAGUGAAGCACAACAAAAGUGUGUGAAUGGUGGCACCAAAAAUGAGUUCAACAUCAAUCAAAGCACUUCCAUGUAUAAACCGCUUAUAUUCAAUAUCUUUGGAAACCUUUGGAACCCCAGACCUCCACCUACUACAACACCGUGUCCACUUUCUCCGCCAUCUCCUCCGCCGCCAACACCGACUACAACACCUUGUUCACUUUCUCCGCCAUCUCCUCCGCCGCCAACACCGACUACAACACCGUGUUCACUUUCUCCGUCACCAACACCAUAUUCACCAUCACCGCCACCUCCUUCAUAUACAACCACAGAAAGCACCACUGAGAGUUCUCCAUCAACGGAUAGCUCCACUGAAAACUCGUCCUCCUCAACUUCUGAACGCCCCACUGAGAGUUCUCCAUCAACGGAUAGCUCCACUGAAAACUCGUCCUCCUCAACUUCUGAAGGCACCACUGAGAGUUCUCCAUCAACGGAUAGCUCUACUGAAAACUCGUCCUCCACAACUUCUGAAGGCACCACUGAGAGUUCUCCAUCAUCGGAUAGCUCCACAGAAAACUCGUCCUCCUCAACUUCUGAAGGCACCACUGAGAGCUCAUCAUCAACGGAUAGCUCCACUGAAAACUCGUCCUCCUCAACUUCUGAAGGCACCACUGAGAGUUCUCCAUCAUCGGAUAGCUCCACAGAAAACUCGUCCUCCUCAACUUCUGAAGGCACCACUGAGAGUUCUCCAUCAACGGAUAGCUCUACUGAAAACUCGUCCUCCACAACUUCUGAAGGCACCACUGAGAGUUCUCCAUCAUCGGAUAGCUCCACUGAAAACUCGUCCUCCUCAACUUCUGAAGGCACCACUGAGAGUUCUCCAUCAACGGAUAGCUCCACUGAAAACUCGUCCUCCACAACUUCUGAAGGCACCACUGAGAGUUCUCCAUCAUCGGAUAGCUCCACAGAAAACUCGUCCUCCUCAACUUCUGAAGGCACCACUGAGAGUUCUCCAUCAACGGAUAGCUCUACUGAAAACUCGUCCUCCACAACUUCUGAAGGCACCACUGAGAGUUCUCCAUCAUCGGAUAGCUCCACUGAAAACUCGUCCUCCUCAACUUCUGAAGGCACCACUGAGAGUUCUCCAUCAACGGAUAGCUCUACUGAAAACUCGUCCUCCACAACUUCUGAAAGCAGCACUGAGAGUUCUCCAUCAACGGAUAGCUCCACUGAAAACUCGUCCUCCACAACUUCUGAAGGCACCACUGAGAGUUGUCGAUCAACGAAUAGCUCCACUAAAAGUCCCUCCUCCUCAACUACCGAAAGCACCACAAAGAGCUCUUCAUCAACGAAUAGCUCCACCAAAGGGCCCUCCUCCUCAACUACCGAAAGCACCACUAAGAGUUCUUCAUCAACGAAUAGCUCCACCAAAGGCCCCUCCUCCUCAACCAUAGAAAGCACCACUGAGAGUUCUUCAUCAACGAAGAGCUCCACUAAGAGUCCCUCCUCCUCAACUACUGGAAGCACCACUGAGAGUUCUUCAUCAACAAAUAGCUCCACCAAAGGCCCCUCCUCCUCAACUACUGAAAGCACCACUAAGAGUUCUUCAUCAACGAAGAGCUCCACUAAGAGUCCCUCCUCCUCAACCACAGAAAGCACCACUGAGAGUUCUUCAUCAACGAAGAACUCCACUAAGAGUCCCUCCUCCUCAACCACAGAAAGCACCACUGAGAGUUCUUCAUCAACGAAUAGCUCCACCAAAGGGCCCUCCUCCUCAACUACUGAAAACACCACUAAGAGUUCUUCAUCAACGAAUAGCUCCACCAAAGGCCCCUCCUCCUCAACUACUAAAAGCACCACUGAGAGUUCUUCAUCAACGAAUAGUUCCACCAAAGGCCCCUCCUCCUCAACUACUGAAAGCACCACUGAGUGCUCUUCAUCAACGAAUAGCUCCACCAAAGGCCCCUCCUCCUCAACUACUGAAAGCACCACUAAGAGUUCUUCAUCAACGAAUAGCUCCACCAAAGGCCCCUCCUCCUCAACCAUAGAAAGCACCACUGAGAGUUCUUCGUCAACGAAGAGCUCCACUAAGAGUCCCUCCUCCUCAACCACUGAAAGCACCACUGAGAGUUCUUCAUCAACAAAUAGCUCCACCAAAGGCCCCUCCUCCUCAACUACUGAAAGCACCACUGAGUGCUCUUCAUCAACGAAUAGCUCCACCAAAGGCCCCUCCUCCUCAACUACUGAACGCACCACUAAGAGUUCUUCAUCAACGAAUAGCUCCACCAAAGGCCCCUCCUCCUCAACUACUAAAAGCACCACUGAGAGUUCUUCAUCAACGAAUAGCUCCACCAAAGGGCCCUCCUCCUCAACUACUGAAAACACCACUAAGAGUUCUUCAUCAACGAAUAGCUCCACCAAAGGGCCCUCCUCCUCAACUACUGAAAGCACCACUGAGAGUUCUUCAUCAACGAAUAGCUCCACCAAAGGCCCCUCCUCCUCAACCAUAGAAAGCACCACUGAGAGUUCUUCAUCAACGAAGAGCUCCACUAAGAGUCCCUCCUCCUCAACCACUGAAAGCACCACUGAGAGUUCUUCAUCAACAAAUAGCUCCACCAAAGGCCCCUCCUCCUCAACUACUGAAAGCACCACUGAGUGCUCUUCAUCAACGAAUAGCUCCACCAAAGGCCCCUCCUCCUCAACUACUGAAAGCACCACUAAGAGUUCUUCAUCAACGAAUAGCUCCACCAAAGGCCCCUCCUCCUCAACUACUAAAAGCACCACUGAGAGUUCUUUAUCAACGAAUAGCUCCACCAAAGGGCCCUCCUCCUCAACUACUGAAAACACCACUAAGAGUUCUUCAUCAACGAAUAGCUCCACCAAAGGGCCCUCCUCCUCAACUACUGAAAGCACCACUGAGAGCUCUUCAUCAACGAAUAGCUCCACCAAAGGCCCCUCCUCCUCAACUAUAGAAAGCACCACUGAGAGUUCUUCAUCAACGAAGAGCUCCACUAAGAGUCCCUCCUCCUCAACCACUGAAAGCACCACUGAGAGUUCUUCAUCAACGAAUAGCUCCACCAAAGGCCCCUCCUCCUCAACUACUAAAAGCACCACUGAGAGUUCUUCAUCAACGAAUAGCUUCACCAAAGGACCCUCCUCCUCAACUACUGAAAACACCACUAAGAGUUCUUCAUCAACGAAUAGCUCCACCAAAGGGCCCUCCUCCUCAACUACUGAAAACACCACUGAGAGUUCUUCAUCAACGAAUAGCUCCACCAAAGGCCCCCCCUCCUCAACCAUAGAAAGCACCACUGAGAGUUCUUCAUCAACGAAGAGCUCCACUAAGAGUCCCUCCUCCUCAACCACUGAAAGCACCACUGAGAGUUCUUCAUCAACAAAUAGCUCCACCAAAGGCCCCUCCUCCUCAACCAUAGAAAGCACCACUGAGAGUUCUUCGUCAACGAAGAGCUCCACUAAGAGUCCCUCCUCCUCAACCACUGAGAGCACCACUGAGAGUUCUUCAUCAACAAAUAGCUCCACCAAAGGCCCCUCCUCCUCAACUACUGAAAGCACCACUGAGAGUUCUUCAUCAACGAAGAGCUCCUCUAAGAGUCCCUCCUCCUCAACCACAGAAAGCACCACUAAGAGUUCUUCAUCAACGAAUAGCUCCACCAAAGGCCCCUCCUCCUCAACCAUAGAAAGCACCACUGAGAGUUCUUCGUCAACGAAGAGCUCCACUAAGAGUCCCUCCUCCUCAACCACUGAGAGCACCACUGAGAGUUCUUCAUCAACAAAUAGCUCCACCAAAGGCCCCUCCUCCUCAACUACUGAAAGCACCACUGAGUGCUCUUCAUCAACGAAUAGCUCAACUAAAUGCCCCUCCGCCUCAACUACUUCUAGCACAACAACCUCCUCAACCACCAAAAAAUGUCCCUAUGCAGAACCCUCGUUAAAUUCUGAAAGCACCACUGAAAUCUCGACUUCAAACACCAAAACAGACCCUAUACAGACUCCUCAUGAUCUACUGAAAUCACUACUAAAAUUUCUACUUCUAGAAGCACAGAAAGUUCCUCCUCAACCACCAAAAAAUGUCCCUACACAGACCCCUCAUCAACUACCGAAAGCAUCACUAAAAUCUCAACUUCUAGCAGCACAGAAAGUUCCUUCUCAAUCACCAAAAAAUGUCCCUAUGCAGAGCCCUCGUCAACUACUGAAAUCUCCACUAAAAUCUCGACUUCAAGCUCAAAAAAAGUCCCUAUCCAGACCCCUCAUCAGCCACUAAAAGCACCACUGAAUCCUCGUCUUCGAGCAGCACAGAAAGUUCAUCCUAAACCACAAAAAAUUGUCCCUAUGCAGACCUUUGGUCACUACUGAAAGUACAAUUGAAAUCUCAACUU